UCAGUAAGUUUAUGUCAUUGAAUCCAUUCAAUGCAAAACAUUGUUUACAAGAACUGCUUCAGUUCUUUAUCUUAUCUUUUUAAACGAAAUAACUUACUAGUUUGUUAUUUUGACUAAUUUCUGUGCAAUGGAGGAUCACGUAAACCAAAUCUUGGAUAAAGUAAUGGCCAACCCCGCAAAUGUCGGUUGUCUUCUGGCGAAUAAUCAAGGGCUCUGUAUCGGAGCACGAGGAAAGGCAUCGGAUAAGUCCGCCGGGAUCAUUGUGGCCAUAUCAGAACAAGCUGCAAAGCUGGAUCCAAACUGUAAUGCCCCAGUGGUAUCAUUGGAGGUUGGGGACAAGGUUUGCAUAAUUCACAAAAAUGGUUUAACAGGAGCUGUAUACAAACAAAAAUAGAUUUUAGAAUGUCUUUUAUAUGUACUAUGUUAUAAAUCAAUAAACAAUAUCAGUUCAAAGUCGUAUAAGAAAAUAAA